AUGAAUCGUUUCCGCAAGAAUAAAAAGGACAAGGUGAAGGAGGAGGUGAUAGAAGUUCCUGAGAGUAGCUCAGUAGGACUCAGCUCCAAGCUGUCAUGGAAAUCUAAGAAGGAGGAGCCCGAGGAGAAAUCGGAUUUCGAUCUUUCCUCAGCCUUACCGUCGACCGACGACUUCCGCACCAGUCUUUUGAUGCCAAAAUUGUCUGCACGGUUCAGCAUGCUAAGAGAGCAGGAUGAUCCGGAUUCCAUCAUCGGGAAAGCAAGUGACGACAGCGUUUUAUUCCCCAAGCGUGCCUCGCGACUGAAUCUUUUCGGUCACAAUCCCGGCUUCCUGGCUGAUAUAGAUGAGGUCUCAAUUGACGGUCGAUCGAUAGCCCCAGGGCGUGCCCAAUCAAUAGUGUCCGAGAAUAUUUCCUGUGGGCUUGAUGAGGACUCUUCACAAAACGAAAGUAUUAUGAGCAGAGGUCGCCGAGUGGAAAGCAAUAACUUGUUCGGCGGACGGCAGAAGGUGUACAAGAUCUCAUCGAAGUCAACAUUGGGUGCUUCCGACUCCGGGCGUUCACAGAUGAGCAGCCGUGCGCUCUAUGAACCUGAUUUGACAACGUCUGCCUUCCACUCUCCCAAUGCCAAAGAAGGCGUCGAAUUGAUGGCGGAGGAUUUCCCACAAGGAAGUCCUUCCCACGAGAUGGAAGACGCACUUUCCAGGGUUUCCUCUGCCAAACGCACCACGCUUUCUUCCACUGCAUCCGGUCCUACUGCGAAUGCUCGUACUUCAACAGCUGCUACGUCGAUAGAUGACCAGUCGUUAUCGGGAACUUCGCCGCAGACAUCAGCCAGCGAGGGUCUGUUCUCUGCACCAAAGUCAACAAUGCCAGGGAUGGCAUCCGAACGUGGCUCAGUCAAGUCGAGGCGUCUAUACGGGCAAGGGUUGGCGCAGAGUGCACAGAAUCAACAAGCCUCUACCCUCCAGCGUCUAGAGAGCCUGAGUCGUCAGAGAGCAGGAACCCCGGAGCACCCGCCACUUAACCGGGCUUUCUCCAAAAGCGCCACAAAUCUCCGUGAUAGAAUGCAACCCUUGACGAUCACCGAACCCCUUCCCAGUAACCCCAGCCCAACCCAGCCCACGAGCCCCGAAUCUCUGUUUCCAUCGUCAGAGGAGGCGCUGAACAUCGCCGCCAAGGGACUCAAAAGCCCUGCAAGCACCGCGUACAGUGUUCCUCCGCUGAGUCCCCCGUUCAGUGAAAGUGAAGAGGGAGGAGCCUUAGUAGCUGCUCUCCGACCGGAGGACCAUGGCAAGGCUACGGCUUCAGGCCUGUUCAAUAAGCCAAAGACCACUUUUGAUGAAAGUCAAUUCAAACAACGCCAGCUACAGAUGCACCAAGGCAGGAGCACACCGCCUUUGGCUAGGCCCCUCCCACCACCUGCAAGAUCCAAACUGCCCGAGCUUCCUGGACGCGCGCGCGGUUUCUCGAAUGCAAGCUACACGUCGAGGCCUGGCUCGGCAUCUUCGCACUACAGUGAGGCUCAACGCCCCGGGAGCCGGUCUGCCGCGAACGCUUCCCCUCCGAAGCCCACCGGCACCACUUUCUUUACCAACUCGAGUCAUAGUGAUUCGGAGGAUGAAGGCCGCGCGCGCUUGCGUGAUACAUCGUACACUACAGACGAACUGCACCCUGCACUGCGACCGGAAACGCCUUCCAAGCCUUCUACGCCCGCGAGUGAACACCGAAGCCCUCUGCCUGAAGUGCGGUACUCCGAUUUGGGUGAUCUGAAGCCAAUUGCGGAGCAUGAUCUUGUCGAGAUCAAGUCUAGUAGCGGCCAGGAUCUUCCAGAGAAGCCCGACUCCCCUACGCUAGGACCCUCAGGUCUGGGAUUGAGUGGCUUGGUUCGCGCACACCUUCGACAGGACAGCGACCGUUCGUCAAUUUACCCUCCUCCUUCCCCUGGCCUUCCCGCUAAGCCUGUAGAGGCGAAACCAGUUGCGGAUACCACUGGGCAAUAUCCCAAAAGUGCCCCCCAUAGCGCAAAUUGGCAGGAUGAGCUCGUCUCCAGACACAGACGUGAAGCGAGUACCGAGACACAAAUUGAACGCGAAGAGUUCGCCAACGAGCUAGCAGAGAGACGGAGAAAGGUGCAGGAAAAAUUGAAGGGCUUUGCGGAGGUGGAGAGCAGAUCAGCUAGUCCUGUUUCUGGCCGCCAAACUCCAGAUUUUACUCCGAGCAAACCUGGAAACGCAUUCUCUUUUCUGAAAAACAAAUCAGGGAAGCAACAUCUCUUCAGCAAACAGGAUCUGAAGGGUGCUAAAGGCCUGGGCUAUGCCAACGCCUCUACUCCGGCUCUGGUGUCAGAUGACCCUUGGCGUGAGGAGGAAGAGCGGCCGGCCCUGCCUUUCGCGAAGCAUGCUAAUUCUAGCACCCCCCACAUUGCAGGCGAGAGGUCUUUCCGCUCGAAAAUGUCCGUCUUCGGUCGCAGCAGUCAAGAAGACUCCCGUGAGUCUAGCCGGAGCCGCGGUGCAUCUCCACACUCCAGCUUUAGAUCACGCCGAGAUCGCUCCACGUCUGACGCAUCGGGUCGUUCGAAAAGUCGCUCGCGGCGAGACCGAGAUGGCCUAGAGACAUUGGAAGAGGUUGGACAUGGAAGUCACCACCCAAUGGCCUAUCCUGAUCAUGAUCAGUAUGGCAUCCAAUCCGUCACUUCCUCUGGCCGCCCCUCAGUCGAGGCUACUGAGCCUGCCAUGUAUGAGCGCUGCUCGUCCGCUGCUUCCACUAGGCACCGUAGUGGAAGCCGCUCAGCUGUCUCCAGCUUUCACGAUCGCCCUUCCUACUUCUCAACAAACAGUUCAUCCCUGAUUGGUGCCGCUCCUCGUCCUUCCCCCAUCGCACCUUAUUCCGCCAAUGCCACACCACCCUUGGAUCUUAAUUCUGAGAACGGUUCCCCUUUGGUGCCUGCUAUUAGUAACAAUCACCAACAUCAUCACGCUCUCAAUCGUGCACCGGGUAACAAUGGCCUUACAAAGCGGGCAAUCAACAAGACCCUUAUCUCUGAGCCUACAUUGGUUUCUUGCACAUCAAAUGUACCGACGGUUGGUCUUCCUCCUGGCGCCAGCCUGAGUAACGGAAUGAAGACACCACCAAUUCCGCCGAUGAAUCCACGACGACGUCGUCAGACUACCACACAAACUAUCCUAGGAGCACUCAAAGGCGAGAGACAUGAGUCUCAGUAUACACCAUCGAUUGACUCGGCUAUGGAGGAGACAAGCAAUUUCUCCGACGACGGCGAAAAGCGCCCGAAGUCUCGAGCCAGGCUUCGCAAAUCCUCCAGCGAGGGAGGCAACUUGAAUGCGAAGGCCCGUCACCAGCUGCUAGCUGACACACAUCCGCCUGCUAGUGUGAUGUAUCCUGCGUUCAACCGGGUCCAAUCCUUUUGUUCUUCCGAAGACAUUUUUGUGAGUGAGGCCUUUGACAACUUUUUCAACAUUUGGCGCCCGAAGAAGACAGCAGCCGAAAAGGAAGCUCAAAGGCAGAGAUCGCUCGAUCUGCAAGCAGACAUUGAUCAACACCUUAAGCUUGAUUCGUGUCCCCAACGACCCCCCUGUCGUUCGCGUCGGCAGUCUUUGGACCCGACAAUGUGCCGGCUCACUGAUGCGGUCGUCGCGAGCUCGGAACCGAGCGACAGCAACGACGUGGAGAGGACUGGGGACGCUCAGCCCGCUGCGCCAAUGCCUGCUACCCCAACGGCCGAGGUGGCGGCUCAAGCUGAACGGGAGAGCGACGACGAUGACGACGCUGAUAUGAGCGGUCAUGGCCAACCUGCUGCAUCGUUUGCCGAUAUCGUCCAAGCCAGAAAGGCGCAGAGGAAGUUGAACAAAAAAGAAAGAAAGAAGAGGCAGGCUAAGAAGCCCGCGAAGAAAAGUUCAGGUGGUCCUCAUCACCAGAUGGCGGCGGCGGUGGCUGCUGCGGCUGCUGCUGCUGCUGCUGCUCCUUCUCCUCCGCCUCCUCCUCCUCCCCCUUCUUCACCUCCUCCCUCACCUCCUCCUUCACCUCCCUCUACUCUGCCUCUUCUUGUUACUUCUGCUGCUGAUGACAGUAACGGCCUGGUAGCGCAGCAGCCAGUCACAGGCGCGGAGACUCAAUCCAUUCAGAUCCAAGUGCCGCUGUCUCCUCCACCUCCAUACGCCCCUCUACCUCCCGGCCUUUUCGAAGCAGGUCAAUCUCAGCUCGUCCCAACAGCGGUGAAUCCGUCCUGUUUUUCCCCAACGCCUUCGGAUGUUAGCUCCACAACACUGUCAGCCACAGAGCCCCCGAUCGUAUCCCUACCUCCGCCCUACGUCAGUUCAGACUCGGCCGAGGCUAGCCAGGCUUUGGACUAUGAUGACGUGGGUGCAUCGCAUUCCAGAGACUUGGAUUCGCUUACAGCGACUCAAGAGUCGGAAAGCACUCACUCUUUUCAAGAAUCGGAGCCACGAAGUUCGUCUUCCACUGACGCAAGUACUAUUGUGGUGCCAUUGACCGAAGCAAAUCCCGAUGUGGUGCAAGAUCCCGAUCCUGACGUCUUGGAUUCAUGUGUAACAGCUCAAAGCACGGAAAGCACUCAACAACUGCAAGCGCCGAAGCCACAGACCGCGUCACCCACGGAUGAAAGUAUUCUAGUAACGCAGUUGACCGAGACCAACGUCGAAAGCUUGGUAUCAUGCUCCACGGAACUUGAAGAUCUUCCUGGGAUCAUUGGGAACCCGAACAAUGAACAUGACAAUUCAUCGCCCGAGACUCCCGCUGACUUGGUUGCUGCCGAAGAAGAUGCUUGCGUGUCGCCAAGGGAGCAGGAGCAGCAGUCUAAUGAGGAAGAGCACUGCACAUUUAACAUCGAAGAGACUAUUCAGGACAAAGCCCAUACGGCCGAGGGACAAGCCGGUGAGAUGUCGAAAAUUGCCGAUCCGCCCGAAGAAUCAGGAACAACGGAUGGCCUUUCAACCUAUUUCCUUGGAAUCUACCGCGACCAAAUAUUGUGUGACUUCGGUAUUGAACUUUUGAGGAAAGGCGAAUCUGACUUUGCCUGUGCCUUGCUGGCACAUAGAAUUAUCAUGAUGCGAAGCCCGUCACUUGCUGUCAUACUGAAAUUCCCCGCAUACAUGGAAGGGUAUAACCAAAUCAUCGCGGUCUUCGGUGAGAAAGUCGGUAUGAUGCAUGGUUUCGAGAUGGCUCUCGAAUAUCUAUAUGGUGCACCGCUCUUAGACGGACAUCUUCUCCACCAGAAAACGAUUAAGUUACUGGGAUAUACGGAGGCGAACCACGGCGAGCUCUCGUUUCCAUUUGGCAGCGCCAAGGCCGAGUUGGCAUACUCCUAUGCCGUGGCUGGAGCAUGUCUGCAAAUUCCGGACGUCAUCAAAGCUGGGAUCGAACUGACCAUCUCCAUGAUCAGCUGGGAGACCAUCGACGAGAUCCUGCAGUACAGUAUCCGGCCCGAAGACUACCUCAUCACCUUGAAAGCGUUUAUCAGCUUCGACCCCGAGGCGCCGUCGCUCGGGACGCCCACGGCCAGCACGCCCGGAGCACAGAAUUUCAAGAAACGUUGGGCACCGCAAGUAGUCAGGGCCUGCCUGGAGUAUAUGGUUGACCACCUGCCACCAAAUUUUGAGUUUCACUGCAGCAACCCAAGGCGAAACAUGACCACUCCCCCUCCAACGGAUUCUGAGUACAUAUGGCCCCAUUAUGAGGACUACACAGCCUCCUGGAUUCUGGCAUCUUUGCCGUACCCGUAUCUCCAAGAAGCUUUCGGACUUCUUCGGGACCGCGGCUUGCUGUCGAUCAAGCUGGCGCAUGCCCUCCUGCUCGAGCGAGAGGUCAACCGCCUCCAGGGGCUCUUACUUUGGCUCAGGAGCGGGCACUCGACGUCACAAGAGGAGAUAAUUCCCGAAAUUGAGGCCUUGGGGUAUCAAGAGGCGCUGACUGUCAUUUCGAAAGAUCCAAGAACAGGCUCGCCAAACGUCGGCGUGGACAGGGUUUGGGUAGGCUUCAACGCUGCUGCGGUGCUAGUUGUGCUCGAGUCCACCGCCUCCCCGAGCAACUGA